UGGAACCCUUGACCUCAUGGUUCCUAGUCAGAUUCGUUAACCACUGAGCCACGACGGGAACUCCUGCCCAAAACUUUAAGCUUCUGUUAUUCCCUUAUUAUGAAGGAUAAACCAUGGUUUCUUGGACUAAGGUAUAAUAUUUUGUGUAUAUUAAAGCCACUACCUUGUUAAAUACAGUAUUUUAAAAUAUCACAAUUUUAAUAGUCCUAUUUUGGCAUUAAAAAAUGUGGUAUAUGGAGUGCCUGUUGUGGUGCAGCAGAAACGAAUCCGACCAGGAACCAUGGGGUUGCGGGUUCGAUCCCUGGCCUCACUCAGUGGGUUAAGGAUCUGGCGUUGCCACGAGCUGUGGUGUAGGUCGCAGAUGAGCCUCGGAUCCUGCAUUGCUGUGGCUGUGGGGUAGUCUGGCAGCUGCAGCUCUGUUUCAACCCUUAGCCUAGGAAUUUCCACAUGCCACAGGUGUGGCCCUAAAAAGAAAAAAAAAAAAAAAAGUUGUAUAUGCCUCUGGGAGUGGACCAGGGUUCUUUCUACCCUGAGAGGCCCUGAGUAUAACUUGGGAUUGGAGGCCAGACUCUCAGUUGUCUGUACAUCUAGAGAGCCUGGCCACCUGUCCCAGCAGCUUUUAACCUGAACUGUGCCCACUUACAGGAGAGUCGAGGGUGUGGGCAGAUUCUAGGUUUGCAGGUAUGACACUAAGGCAAGAGGUGGUGGAUCCCUAUCCUGGAACAGCCCAGGGAUCUAGGGCUGGGUGAAGCUUCCUGUCCUGUCUAAUCUUCUCAGCCCACUGCUUGUCUUCCCCCAAUUGUGACCUCAUGUUAUUCCAGAAUGUGCUCCUUCCUGGACCCCUUUUUCUUCUCGACCCUGAUGUGUAAGGGGGCUGGAGGCCACAAGUGGGGAAGGAAUGCACAAAGCUGGCAGUAGAGAAAGACACUAGACUUAGGCAGCCAGGAAUGGAUGCCAGCCCAGCCAAGUGGGACCUUUGGCCAUGGCCAGCCUGACCCAGCAGCCUCUGCCCCUUGGAGACCACCAGAUUGAGAGGAAGAGAAACCAACGACUGGAAGAUAAGAAGGUCUGAGCUGCAGAAUAGGUGACAAGCAGAAGGCAGAAGGGACUCAGAAUUGGGGAAGGUGCCCUUCCCCCGGCCUCAGGGACAGCUGUCAGGGUGGGAGAAAGGUCCCAGGCCUCAGGCCAUGCCUGUCAGACCAGACAUAAGGGAUGCCAUGGCCUCUCUCCCGCCCCCCGCCCUCCCAACCACCUUCCUCACAAUGGGGUUCAUUGCUGAGGUGGGAGGGGCCUCCUAGGGAGGGCACAGCAGGGGGCCUGCCUGGCAGAUACCCUCGGGGAGCCUGUCUUUUCAAGCAUGAGCCAUACCAUCUGGGCUCCCCCACUUCCAGUGUGCUCUUAGCUCUGCCUGCCUGGCGUGGGGUCCUGGAGACUUUCUUGGAGCUCAUCCAGCAACCAUCAUGCAGGGUGGUGCUGGGAACCGCCCUCUUCCUCGGAGGUGGAGGCCUCAUGCUGUGGAUGCAGAGGAAGAGGAGAAGGAAGGCAGCUUCUGAGGGUGCACAAGAUGAGCAAGAGCCACCAGAAAGCCACGAAGAAAAGAACGAGAACUGGAUCAAAUCGCACUUUAGCCGUCUUUCCGAAGAGAAGCUGCCCGCCGGAGGAACAGCCGGGACCAGCAGCACGGCCGGGGGCAACUGCGGCAUCACGGGGGCUCCCCAGCCUGACGGUGGCAUCGGAGAGGCCAGCACGACAAUCCCCGGGGAGACCUUCACCACCAGGCAGGGAGAAGACGGCGCGGCUCUUCACCGGGAGUCCUUCACCAGCAAGCAGAGGAUGUCUGGGACCUUGGUGACCAAAGAAACUCCCAAGGAGUCUGAAAAAUCCUCGGCCACGGAGGAGGCCACGUGGGCCGCCGUGGCUGCCUGUACCAAGGACAUUGACGCCAAGGGACAGCAGCUGGCCAACUCCAUGCUGCAGCGUGUCAUGGCGUGCCAGAACUCAGGCCACCUGGAGUCCAAGGAUAUCAACCAGGAAGAGCUGAAAGCGCUCGAGGAGGUGCAGUUAAAGCUGAAAGGCAAUUUCUUCACCCAGCGGGAAGCCACCAUAGCUGGCGCCAACCACACGCACACCUUCCAUAGUCACCAGGGCCACCAGGGUCAUCCAAGCCACCCGAGCCACCAGAGCCACAGCCUGCCCAACCGCAGCCAUUAGACCACCUAACCACGGAUGGACAUGCCCCUUCCCCCAACAAGGCUGGCACACACAGGCCUGUUUUCUCUCCGAUGGGGCAGCCUAGGUGGCCCAGACUAAGAUGCUGCCGCCCAAAGCCCCUCUUCGUCAGGCCCCCACAGGAGUCCUGGGCCCUUUUGACUCCUUGAGCAAAGGCUGCCACUGAUGUCCCCUGAUGAAGGAAGAGCUGGGUGGAAGCCAAGCAGACGCACAGGCCCCUGAAGACCCACUGAGAGGCAAUGAAAGAGGCCGAUACCAGGAGCAGCCAAGAGCACCUGAUGCCAAACGCCUGGACCUGAGCCAAUAAAGCCUUGAACACCCUCACUUAGAGUCUGGGGCUCUGGGGCCAGCCUCAGGUGCGGGCAGGCCAGUGGGGAGAGGGUUCCUCCUGCCACGGCCUCUGGGUGGGCUCCGUAAAAUUGAUUCCUGGGUCUCAGGUUCUGGGGAGUCUCCAGGGGGCUCAACACCCACUGCCCUGCUGUUGCCAGAGAAAGAGAAGCAGCAGCCGGGAGCUGGGAGGAGAGACAGGAUUUCAGAGGCAAGGAAGUAAACAGGGGUGGGAGGUGGGCCCGCUGUUCUCUUGGUACCACCCUCACCCUGUAUACCCCUUCUCACGCUGUGCUGUUUUCCUGCCCCCCUGGCACCCGUGUUCGUGCCUCCCCACUAUCCACCUAUAGAGUGACUGUGUUGCAUGCUCCCUCGUUUUUGUGUUACUAUGGCUGGGCUGUCACUGCUGCAGCUCAGCUAAAUAAUAGUGUUAGUGGAGUUUCUGAUGUGGUUCAGCAAGUUACCAACCCAAUGAGUAUCCACGAGGAUGCAGGUUCAAUCCCUGGCCUUGCUCAGUAGGUUGAGGAUCUGACAUUGCCGUGAGCUGUGGUGUAGGUUGCGGAUGCAGUUCGGAUCCUGCGUGGCUCUUUGGCUGUGUGGACCCGCAGCUUCAGCUCCGAUUCAACCCCUAGCCUGGGAACUUCCAUAUGCCACAGAUGUGGCCCCCCAAAAAGAAAAAAAAAUAGUAGUAGUAUUAGUACAACCAGUAGCUCCCCUACCCCCUUUCAGGGAGUUUUUAGUAUAUGAUUGCUCUGUGUUGUGUUAUGAUGCAGCUAGAUACUACACUAGACACAAAGAAGGGAAGUUAACAGCCACUAGACUCUUGUCCGAGAGUCUGCAGGAAAGGUGGCGGGUUUCCCAGAUCAAGGCUUAAUUCCAUUAAAGCUCUUUAGGAGAUUGCUUAAGCAUUUCAUCAGGAGUUUUGAUUUCAUUCUGGGGGAAGUUAUGAAUUACAUUAUGCAAAAACGUUCUGCCCUAGACCAGGUUUGGGACAAUUUUCUCUUAUACAAAAAAAUUGUCGAUAGGAGUUCCCAUUGUGGCUCAGUGGUUAACGAAUCCGACUAGGAACCAUGAGGUUGCGGGUUCAAUCCCUGGUCUUGCUCAGUGGGUUAAGGAUCUGACGUUGCCAUGAGCUGCGGUGUAGGUUGCAGACUCGGCUCAGAUCCCGCGUUGCUGUGGCUUUGGCGUAGGCUGGCAGCUACAGCUCCGAUUAGACCCCUAGCCUGGGAACCUCCAUAUGCCAUGGGGGCGGCCCAAGAAAUGGCAAAAAGACCAAAAAAAAAAAAAAAUUGUCAACAGGUAGUGUCGUAGGCGUCAAUGGGGGCCAAAACGAGGGGGAUACCAUCCUUGACCUUGAUGCUUCUAGACAAUGUAGGACAAGUGCUGGGCAAGAACAAAAUGCUGUGGAGCACAAGGGGGAGGGGAUUGAGAGGCUAAAGCUAGGGAGGUAUUCCAGGCAGAGGGGACAGCGGGAACAAAGUUCUAGAGGCGGGAAGGUGGCAGUGUGUCUGAGGGAACUUGACAGUCAGUUUGCCUGGAGGGCAACAUUUGGAGACAGGCAAAGGGGAAGAGGAAAAGCCCAAAAAGUGACUCCAAAUCCUCAAGCCAAGAAGUCUGUUGUGUCCGAUUUCCUCAUUUGACAGCAGGGACCAGUUCGAGAAAUGUUGCCUACUCCCACAGGUGUGGGUGGGAAAUUCAAGGGAUCUGAGCAUCUCUGCAUAUUUUUGAAGAGGCAGCAGGAAAGGACAAGGAAUAGGGAAUAAAAGUUCAGAGGAGAGCUGUCCAAUGGAGGCUUGAUCCCAGGAGGACUUCUUGGAGGAAGCAGCAAUGAUGACAGGCCAAGGCCAAACAGUGACUGGGGGAUACUCCUUAUAUAAAAGAGACUGUAAUUCCUUUGGGCCACAAUAAGUCACCACAUUGUGCAUCUCCAGCCCCCACCCACUCCCCUUACCAGGCCACGCUGGUUCCCCAGAGCAGCCAGAAUAACCAUGGGGGCAAAAGAAGGAAGCUUCCAAAAUGAGCUUCUUUCCUCUUAGAGCUGGAGGGGGCCUGAGAGGUCCCUGGGCAACCUCCCUCCUCACACGAGCCAUCCUCCCCCCUUCAAAUAGAAAGCUGCCACCUUCCUGAUUGAAGGCUUGAGUCCAUGCUCUGACUCCAUGAUGAUCGCAGCUAACACUGAGCGCCAGGUAAUAGCUCUUCUAAGCACUUUACGAAUAGGAUCUCGUUUAAACAUCACCCGCCUUUGAGAAGGGCACUAAUGUUCCCCUCACUUUUCAGUUGAGGAAGCUGAGGUUUGGUUAAGCCAUUUGUCCCAGAGCUCAUAGCUGGUGAGGGGCUACAUUGGGUAUUAAACCCAGGCUGCUCUGACUUCAGAGUCCUUGUAUCUGACCACUUGGCUCACUGCUCCCCGCUUCCCCACCACUCACUUUCCUCACACCAGACCUAUCCAGGACCCUGGCCUUUUCCUCUCCUUUAGCCCCGCCUCUACAUCAGGGGUGGCACUUUGGGCCUGACAGUGGACAUCUAGUCAAGGAGAAGGAGGGGGCUCUUGGCAGUAUCAGGUCACAGACUUCCAAGGGCUUUCUUUCCUGCACAUUUUCUCAUUUGAGCCUUUAAGACAGCCCUAUAAAGUAGGGUUUUCUUGUCAUCCCAUGGGAAAGGAAAGGGCAUCUGAGAAACAUGACACGAUUGCCCAAUAGUCAGAGGGACUCAAGUCCAGUACUUACCUGACUCUGUCACGCUUCUCCCCCAGCCUGGCAUUUCUUCCUUAUUGGGAGCCAGGCCUGGGUCGGAUGCUCCCUUAAAUGAAACGAGGAGAGGCCACGAAGACGUGCAGCCCAGGAGCCUACUUCACCUCCAGAGCAAGAGACCCAGAUGUCCUGCCAUUUAGGUCAAGUUCACUUGUGGGCCCUGACGCUUCUGGAACUGACCACCAGAAUGAAAGGGACUUUGAGAGUGAGUGACUGUGGCUAGAAAUAACGCCUAAAGCAAGAAACCCCCUUUGAGGGGCUGGCAGGAAGGGCUGGGGAGGAGGUAGCAGAAGUUUGAUCUCUAAAUCCUUAGCCAGAGGAUGCUGGUCCAGUCGUAGCUGGACCUUGGGAUUGGCAACUCUGUGAAUGGGAUGACCUACUGGGAGAAUACGAGACCUUAUGUAGUGAAACAGCGGAGGCUCCUACCAUGAGCUCCUGGCCUGACAUGGAGGAAUUGAUCCUGAGAAGGCGAUCCAACAGAAGCCAAAAGUGUUUGCCUCAAGAUGGUCCCCAUAAUGUUAUCAAGGCAAAAAACUGGGGGAAAACGCUAAGUAUCCAGUGAACUCUUCCGGCAACUCUCUCCACAGAAUCUAAGGGUGCAGUGAACAGCAUGCAGAAGGGCUUGUGGGAGUUCCCGUCGUGGCUCAGUGGUUAACGAAUCCAACUAGGAACCAUGAGGUUGCGGGUUCGACCCCUGGCCUUGCUCAGUGGGUUAAGGAUCCGGCGUUGCUGUGGCUGUGGCGCAGGUCGGUGGCUACAGCUCCGAUUAGACCCCUAGCCUGGGAACCUCCAUAUUCUGCGGGAGUGGCCCUAGAAAAGGCAAAAAGACAAAAAAAUAAAUAAAUAAAUAAAAGGGCUUGUGGUAAAAAGUUGACUCUCCAUCACACUAUGUCCCCUAAGGAUGACUCACAGGAACAAUCUCUCUUGGUCCCAGUGCCAGGAAACUCUGUGUUUCUCCAGCGCAGCUGCUUUGAUUUAUCUUGAUUUCUGCAUAUCUCUCAGCUGACCAUGUUUCCCUUUUAGCUUUGACUGUCGGGAAGCUCCAACUCAUAUUUCUGGCUCAUUUGUCACAACUGGAUGGCAGGGAUUUUGUUUACUAAUAUUGCCCUAGCUUUCUUUUCUUUCAUUUCUCCUGAACGGUCUUCUAGAUAUUAAUAAUCUCCGUGUAUUUUAUGUUGUAUUUAAGAAAAAAAAAUUUUGGGAAUGGAAUGGAGAGGAGAAGGAAGAGGAAAGAGAAGGUUAAAUGAAAAAAGCUGAGAGGAAAAUGGUUUAACAUUCCCUUCAGAUUUAGCUGAAGAGUGUCAGUUCUCCUGGUCCCUCACGGACAUACAAAGGCUGAUGCCUUUAACUGGUAAUGUUAGAAACUGCUCAAAUGGUGGAUAAAACAAGAAAAUGCAAAAGAAAAUAAUGAGAUAUCGUCAUUUUUCACCUGGAAAAUUGGCAAAAAUUAGUUCUGACACUACCCAGUAUUGGCAUCAAUGAACACUAAUGGUGUCUUCUAUGUGCUGAUGGACUAUGGAUAAUUAGAAGCUUGGUGGAGUUCCCUGGUGGCCUAGCAUUAAAGGAUUUGGCAUUGUCACUGCUGUGGCUCAGGCUCUAUCCCUGGCCCAGGAACUUCCACUGUCACAGGCAUGGCCGGAAAAAAAAAAAAAAAAAAAAAGGAGCAGUUUGGCUCCUAAAGGUGCAUUUACACGUGACUCAGCAAUUACACACUGAAGUAUCUAAAUUGUAGAGAAAAUUUUUUUUCUUUUUUGGCUGCCCCAUGGUACAUGGAGUUCCUGGGCCAAGGAUCAGGUCCAAGCUGCAGUUGUGAUCUAAGCCACAGCUGCAGCAAUGCCAAAUUCUUAACCCACUGUGCCAGGCCAGGGAUCGAACCUGUGUCUCAGUGCUCCCAAGACACUUCUAAUCCCGUUGUGCCACAGCAGGAACUCCAACUGUAGAGAGAUUCCUAAGCAUGUGUUUUCAGCAUUAUUUGUAACAGCAAAAAUAACUAUUCUAAAUGUCAUCAAAUGGAGAAUGAAAAGUAAAUUGUGGUCUAACCUCCCAAGAGAAUAUUGUAUAGCAGAGAAAAUGAAUGAAUCAGAACUACCUGUACUGUUAUGGACAAUGCUCGAAACAAUGGUGAGCAAAAAUGGCAGAAGGUUAUCUGAUUCCAUUUCUAUAGUUUUAAGUGACAAGAAAGAUAUUCUAUCUUCUUUAUGGGUCCAGAUACAUGUUUUGAGGGUAUGAAGAUAUGGGAACAAUAAACACUUGAGACAGAACAGCGAUAAGGACAAGGAAGGUGACCAGGGGAGUGUUGUCACGGGUGCUGUGUAUACCGAUGUGCAUUAUAUUAUUAUCCAUUCUUUUUGGUAUGGCUAAAACAUCUCAUUCAAACAAACAUCUCAUUCAAACAAUCCAACUAGGAACCAUGAGGUUGCAGGUUCGAUCCCUGGCCUCGCUCAGUGGGUUAAGGAUCUGGCAUUGCCGUGAGCUGUGGUGUAUGUAGGUUGCAGAGGCAGCUCAGAUCCCAUGUUGAUGUGACUGUGGCGCAGGCCAGCAGCUGUAGCUCUGACUGGACCCCUAGGCUGGGAACCUCCAUAUCCAGUGGGUGCAGCCUUAAAAAGAAAAAAAAAAAAAAGAAAAAAUGGUGUGAACACUCUCACCGCAACUGGGUAAAACACUCCGCCUGCAUCAGGACAAAGAUGGAAAGGAAAUGUGUGAAGUGCCACGUUGUUGGGGAGGGAGGAACAUGGGUGAGUGUAAGUCCAAUAUCCAGUUUUUCAUAAGCGGAUGAGAAGGUGUUGCUGGCUGUGAUGGGGCCUCUC